AUGGACGAUGGUCCACCUGAGCGUGUCUCUGCGCUCGAACUUCCAUUGCGGCCAUCCCUCCUGUCGCCAGUGGAUGUCUCUUGGACAAUCGAGUGUGACGCGGCCGACACACGAGACCCUGCACGCGUGCAGCCCGACCAUGAAUCCGGCUACGACACACUCUUGGCGACAGACGACGCAAGGCGCCUCAACGCUACUCUGCAACUCCCGCACGUCAGCCCACAAGGGCGGUCAGUGCGUGCAUCGUUGAACGACGGUGUUGGGCACAGAGUCAUCCAUUAA